AUGGAAGACGGCAACCGUCGCCGGAGAACCGCCACCCACAACAUGGACGAGUUCUCCGGCGACGGUUGCGGAGGUCCACAAGCGUGGAACGCCUUCGCCGAGAGCUUUAGCGAGGUGCAAACGGUGUUGGAUCGGAACCAAAAGUUGAUCCAGCAGGCGAACGAGAACCACCAGUCGAGGCUCCCGGACAAUAUGAAAAAGAAUGUGGCGAUCAUCCAAGAAUUGAACGGGAAUAUUACGAAAGUCGCGUCGAUUUACUCCGAUUUGUCGGCAAAUUUUAGCGGGAGCGUGAGGCAGCAACAACCGGCUGGGGGUGGAGGGAAGGGAAGUUGUAAAAGAGGGAGUAGUAAUGGGAGGGGUAAUUAG